AUGUUCGUCUACAAGAGAGACGGACGCAAAGAACGCGUACAGUUCGACAAGAUCACGGCCCGUGUAUCAAGACUGUGUUAUGGUCUUGAUCCUGAACAUGUUGAUGCUGCUGCUAUCACUCAGAAGGUCAUCUCUGGUGUCUACCAGGGUGUCACCACCGUCGAGCUGGAUAACCUGGCUGCCGAGACUGCUGCGUAUAUGACUGUUACUCACCCCGAUUAUGCUAUUCUCGCUGCUCGUAUAGCCGUUUCCAACCUCCACAAGCAAACAAAGAAACAGUUCUCGCUGGUCAUCUCGGACCUUUACCACUAUGUGAACCCAAAGAACAAUAACCCUGCACCCAUGAUCUCGAAGGAGACGUAUGAAAUUGUGAUGAAGCAUGCCGAUGAGCUCAACUCUGCCAUUGUAUACGAUCGUGACUUCAACUACAACUAUUUCGGCUUCAAGACCCUUGAGCGUUCCUACCUCCUGCGAAUCAGCGGCAAGGUCGCAGAGCGUCCCCAGCACUUGCUGAUGAGAGUUGCCGUUGGUAUCCACGGUAAUGAUAUCGAGAAGGCUAUUGAGACCUACCACCUCAUGUCUCAGAAAUACUUCACACACGCCUCCCCCACUCUAUUCAAUGCUGGUACGCCGCAGCCCCAGCUGGCCUCGUGCUUCCUUGUCGACAUGAAGGAGGAUAGCAUCGAGGGUAUUUAUGAUACUCUCAAGACAUGCGCGAUGAUCUCGAAGACCGCUGGUGGCAUUGGUCUCAAUGUUCACCGCAUUCGUGCCACUGGCUCCUACAUUGGCGGAACCAAUGGCUCCUCUAACGGUAUUGUUCCCAUGCUCCGUGUGUUCAACAACACUGCCAGAUAUGUUGAUCAGGGAGGCAACAAGCGUCCCGGCGCCUUUGCCAUUUACCUGGAGCCCUGGCACGCGGAUGUCUUUGAAUUCUUGGAUCUGCGUAAGAACCACGGCAAGGAGGAAGUCAGAGCCCGUGAUUUGUUCUAUGCCCUGUGGACACCCGAUCUGUUCAUGAAGCGAGUUGAGGCCAACGGUGACUGGACUCUGUUCUGCCCUAACGAGGCCCCCGGUUUGGCCGAUGUUUAUGGUGACGAGUUUGAUGCUCUUUACGAACGGUAUGAGAAGGAAGGCCGCGGACGUUCUACCAUCAAGGCUCAAAAGCUUUGGUAUGCUAUUCUCGAGGCCCAGACUGAGACCGGAAACCCCUUCAUGCUCUACAAGGAUGCUUGCAACAAGAAGAGCAACCAGAAGAACCUGGGUACUAUCCGCAGCUCCAACCUUUGCACUGAGAUCAUCGAGUACAGCGCUCCUGACGAAGUUGCUGUCUGCAAUCUGGCUUCUCUGGCUCUCCCUACCUUUGUCGACGCGGCCCGUGGAGAGUACGACUUUGGCAAACUCCACGAGGUUGUGCAGGUGUUGGUUCGCAACCUGAACAAGAUCAUUGACAUCAACUACUAUCCCGUUCCCGAGGCGAAGAAGAGCAACAUGCGCCAUCGCCCCAUCGCUCUUGGUGUCAACGGUUUGGCGGAUGCAUUCCUUGCUCUGCGUUUGCCCUUCGAUUCUCCCGAGGCCAGACAGCUUAACACUCAGAUCUUCGAGACAAUCUACCACGGUGCUCUGACUGCGUCGUGCGAGCUGGCCAAGCAGCUUGGACCUUAUGAAACCUAUGAGGGCUCCCCUGUCUCUCAGGGUAUCCUGCAGUAUGACAUGUGGGACCGCACUCCCACUGACCUCUGGGACUGGGAUUCUCUGAAGGCGAAGAUCGCUCAAAGCGGUGUGCGCAACAGUCUGUUGGUGGCGCCCAUGCCCACUGCCAGCACCAGUCAGAUCCUGGGCUUCAAUGAGUGCUUCGAGCCCUACACCUCGAACAUCUAUUCUCGCCGUGUGCUUGCUGGCGAGUUCCAGAUCGUCAACCCUUGGCUGCUCAAGGAUCUUGUUGACCUGGGACUCUGGUCGGAUAACAUGAAGAACCGGAUCAUUGCGGACGGUGGCUCUGUGCAGAAUAUUCCCAACAUUCCUGCGGACAUCAAGGCGCUCUACAAGACGGUCUGGGAGAUCUCUCAGCGGAACAUCCUGCAGAUGGCCGCGGACCGUGGCGCGUUCAUCGACCAGUCUCAGUCGCUCAACAUCCACUUGAAGGAGCCCACCAUGGGCAAGCUUACCAGCAUGCACUUUGCCGGCUGGAAGAUGGGCCUGAAGACGGGCAUGUACUACCUCCGUACGAUGGCGGCCUCUGCUCCUAUCCAGUUUACCGUCGACCAGGAGCAACUUAAGGUUGCCGAUACCAACGUCGCACGGGCCAACCCUGCGUUCAAGAAGCGAGCCGCUGGGGCCACCCCCAACGCAUACGCUGCUGUGCCCCGCGCAUCAGGUACUGAGCUCAACGGACAUAGCGAGAACAGCAACCCGCGAGCUUUGGCGCCCGAGGUGGCGGCGGUCGACGAGCCGGUGGUGCAGACCUCUCAAGAGGUCGACGAGGUGUCAGACAGCGAGGCGCGCGAGAAUGACAUCUACUCGCAAAAGGUACUCCAGUGCAGCAUUGAGAACAAGGAGGCUUGCCUCAUGUGCCAGGGCUAG